AUAAAAUCUCCCCUCGCUGGUCCACGGUCAUUUAAGUUCCGUUCGGAGACAAAAAAAGAAACCAUCUCCCUGACCGAGAUUUUGGAGCAUGAACAACCUCAUAUCUGCCGUUCUUCUUGCGGCUGUGGCUUUUCUUGUCUGCGAAGCAGGUAAUCCGUGUUGCUCAGAGCCGUGUCAGAACCGAGGAGUUUGUACAGCACUUGGAUCAGACGACUAUGAAUGUGACUGUACGAGGACUGGAUUCUAUGGCCAAAACUGCACUACACCUGAAUUCCUCACUUGGAUUAAGGUGACACUGAAGCCGUCUCCCAACACAGUUCACUAUCUCCUGACACACUUCAAGGGCUUCUGGAACAUCGUCAACAACAUUUCGUUUCUCAGGGACUUCAUCAUGAGAUACGUUCUGACGUCUCGGUCACACUUUAUUGACAGUCCACCAACUUAUAAUUCAGACUAUGGCUACAAAAGCUGGGAAGCCUACUCCAACCUUUCAUAUUACACCAGAGCACUUCCACCGGUGUCAGACGACUGCCCAACCCCAAUGGGAGUAGUAGGUAAAAACGAGCUGCCUGACGCCAAACUUCUGGCUGAGAAGCUACUGCUGAGAAGACAGUUCAUCCCAGAUCCUCAGGGAACCAGCUUGAUGUUUGGAUUCUUCGCACAGCACUUCACUCACCAGUUCUUUAAGUCGGACCUGAAGAAAGGACCCGCAUUCACUCUGGCUAAAGGUCACGGGGUGGAUCUAAGUCACAUUUACGGCGACAAUCUUGAGAGACAACACAAGCUGAGACUCUUUAAGGAAGGAAAGCUUAAGUAUCAGAUGUUGGAUAGUGAGAUGUAUCCACCGACCGUGAAGGACGCUGGCGUAGAGAUGCACUACCCUCCGCAUGUUCCCGAGGCCGAUCGCUUCGCUGUCGGUCACGAAGCAUUCGGUCUGGUUCCUGGUCUGAUGAUGUAUGCCACCAUCUGGCUCCGGGAGCACAACCGUGUCUGCGACGUCUUGAAGGAGGUCCACCCUGACUGGGACGAUGAAAGGCUCUUCCAGACCACACGACUCAUUCUCAUCGGUGAGACCAUCAAAAUCGUGAUCGAGGACUAUGUGCAGCACCUGAGCGGCUACCACUUCAAGCUCAAAUUUGACCCCGAGCUGCUGUUCAACCAGCGUUUCCAGUACCAGAACCGAAUCGCAUCUGAGUUCAACACCCUGUACCACUGGCAUCCACUGAUGCCUGACUCCUUCCACAUCGAGGCACGAGAAUACAGCUACAAAGAGUUUGUCUUCAAUAACACCGUGGUGACGGAGCACGGCAUCAACAACCUGGUGGAGUCCUUCUCCAAGCAGAUCGCAGGACGGGUCGCUGGGGGUCGAAAUGUACCAGGCCCCGUCAUGUACGUGUCCAUUAAGUCGAUAGAGCACAGCAGACAGAUGCGGUACCAGUCACUGAAUGCCUACAGGAAGAGAUUCUCCAUGAAGCCCUACACUUCAUUUACUGACCUGACAGGAGAGACAGAAAUGGCUGCAAUUCUGGAGGAGCUGUACGGUCACGUGGACGCUGUGGAGCUGUACCCUGGCCUGCUGGUGGAGAAACCCAGACAGAAUGCCAUCUUUGGGGAGACCAUGGUGGAGAUGGGCGCUCCGUUCUCCCUCAAGGGCCUGAUGGGGAACCCCAUCUGCUCCCCAGAGUACUGGAAGCCCAGCACUUUUGGAGGCAAAGUGGGUUUUGAUAUUGUCAACUCAGCGUCGUUACAGAAGCUUGUCUGCAACAAUGUGCGCGGCCCGUGUCCCGUGGCCUCUUUUCACGUGCCAGAUGUGAAAGACACAGGAUCCAUGAUUAUCAACUCCAGCACGUCACACUCCGGCGACAUCAAUCCCACUGUCAUUCUGAAAAAAAGGACUACUGAGCUCUAAUUGGGUAUCAUUUUACGUACCAAUAAGUUAUUUAUUUAUUACAGUAUUUAUUUGAACUAAAUUUUUUAUAAACCUUUGCGUAAUGCCUGAGCAAUCAGGGUUUAUUUAUUAAAGACCCAAGGACUGUGUGGUGAUGACGAUACUUGAAAAUUAGUUUACAACUACAAGGUAGUUAUUUUUUUAUCUCUCUAAAUGAAUUGCUGCUGAUUCUCUCAAUGUGUUAAUGUACUUUGAGUGUGAAUACACUUAUGGAGAACUACACAUGAAAGAUUUAUACUUAAGUUGUGUAAUUAAAGCGAUUAGACUUAAAUAAACGUUUAUUUAAUAAUUUUAUGUUCAUAAAAAUAUUUUAUUUAUGCAUUUUGUUUUUUUACACGUAUUUAUCCAUUAUUUAUUUCUAAACAUUUCACGUUUAGUUUUCCAUUUGCCAGUGAUUUACACGACUGAGCUUGACAAAACUGUUAAAACAUGACGUUCUCCAUUAUUUUGUAGAUCGUAAUUAAUGUGUAAUGCUUAAAUCUCGAUAUCGGAAUAUAUAUGUUGUGCUACACUGAAUUUCAGAUGCACGGGAUGUUUACAAUGUCUUUGGAAAACUGUAAUGUGAAAGUUCAGAUGAACACUAAUGUUGUUUAACACUUGAUGAUAAUAAAUGCUACCAGGG